CGUGCUCCUGGGGUGCCCACAUUGGCGAAACUGCCAGCUGGGGAAAAAUUGUUACCGCUGCCCAUUUCAUUUAAUCUCUUCUCAUUACUUCUCUCCCAUCUUCUGUCAGCCCAAGAGGAGAGACAGGAGGAAGCUGUGUGGAGGGUCUUUUUGGGGGUGGGGGGUGGGAAAGCAGGGUCCCCCAGGUGUAAACUUGGUAAACCAGCCUCUCUUCCCUCCCUUCCUUGCCAUGGAGAAACCCACUUGCAAUUCGACGCACAGCAAGAAGGCGAUCCAACCCCUUCAUUAUCUCAGCCGAGCGGAAGCCACAUCUAUUGAGAAGGAGCUGCUAGAAGAGUUUAAAUUUGGCCAUCAGCAGUUAAUUGAGAUCUGGGGUCAUGCAUCUGCCAUGGCAGUGACCAAGGUUUUCCCCAGGCAGUCUCUCUCAAAGAAGCAGCCGACACUAUUGGUGAUUUGUGGUUGUGAACAGAAUGGGGCAAUUGGCCUAGUAUGUGCCCGGCAUUUGCGUGUAUUUGAAUACGAGCCGACCAUUUUCUAUCCCAAAAAGUCGUCUAAUCCUCUCUACAGAGAUUUCACCACGCAGUGUGAAAAGAUCGACAUUCCUUUCCUUUCCUAUCUGCCAACAGAGGUUCAGCUAAUCAGUGAUGCAUACAACCUGGUAGUUGACGCCAUGCUUGGCGUAGAAGACAGCCUGGGGGAACUGUCAGAGCCCUACUGCACAAUCUUGGCAACGCUCAAACAAAUUCGGAUUCCUCUCGUCAGCCUGGAUGUCCCAUCAGGUUGGGAUGUAGAGAUGGGCAGCAGUGAUGGAAUCAGCCCUGAUGUUCUUGUCUCCUUGGCGGCUCCAAAGCAAUGUGCCACGAGAUUUAUGGGCAAGCAUCACCUGGUGGCUGGGCGCUUCCUCCCCUACGACGUGCAGAAAAAAUUCGAACUGAAUUUGCCAGAAUACCCUGGCACAGAGUGUGUGGUUUCUCUGUAGAGCAGGGGUGUCCAACCUUGGCAACUUUUAAGACUUGUGGACUUCAACUCCCAGAAUUCCCUAGCCAGCAUGGAGAAUUCUGGGGAGUUGAAGUCCACAGGUCUUAAAAGCUGCCAAGGUUGGACACCCAUUGCUGUAGAGCUUGGAAUCAUCCAGCAGUUUGUGGCUUCUGGAUAUCUUGGCCCUGCUAAGAGCUCCCUGGUUUGCUUCUCUUGAAUGUCAAAAUGAGAUCCCCAGUAUUAAUCAGUUCCAUGUCUAGGCUUUGGAAUGUAUAAUAGUAUUGUUUAAUUCAUUGUAAAAAAUCUGGCAAAACCAUUUGGAAGAAACAGAAUGCUCAGACAACUGAGCCACCUAAGAGGACCCCUCCGGAAAACGUGAAUUAAAAGAGACACACAUACAUUCUUCUUCAAAUAACUGUUAUGAAACCCAUUAAAAUUCAAGCCAAUUUCUUUUUUUAAAAAUCUGCUGAAAGCUGAUUUAUGUUAGGUUGUGUGUGCGUGCGCGCCUUUAGGAAAGAAGAGGGUUUUUUUUAUGAAGGCACCGUCAAUUUUUUAAUUUUCCUUCUUUCUUCCCUGUCGACUCCUCAAAGCAGUUUUUAGCAAUUUAAGACCAAAAGCUGAUCUAAAUAUAUUUUAUAUGUCUUACAACACUUUUAUGUUUAUGUUCUCUCAAGAUGGUCUCACCCAAAUAUUGCGCACUCCAUCUGGGACUAGGCCAUUGCAAUCAAGGUAGGGGUGGCGGCAAGGGAAGGGGCUAAUAUGCCCACCUCUUGCAAAUUUUAAAUAUCUCACCCCACCCUGCCUUCAGGUUAACACACUUCAAUUGAAAGAUCUCAAUGUAUAGGUGAGGUAAAGGUGCUGGGAAGAGGCAUUCAAGUUUGCUAGGCCUUAAGGAACAGUUUGGGACAGGAGUUGGACCUUGAUGAAAAAGGGAUGAGCAAUGUUCUAUUUAUUUAUCCUUAUUUAUAUUAAAAUUCUUCUCUGCCCUUCUAAUGUAUACACAUCACGGAAAGCAGGAGGUGCUUAAUAUCAAAAAAGUGGAAGGACAACAGAUAGAGCAAUGCUGGGUACAAUUGCAACUGGCAUUUUUAAAGUUUUCUCUUCCCCCUCCCCCGCAGAGUUUGGCAUCCGCCUUCCCUUCUGUUAAAAUGGACACACAGGUAGUCUUCGACUUAUGACUGUAAUUGAGCCCAGAAUUAUGAUUGUAAAUCGUGCUAGUUGUUAAGCGGAUCACCAUAUGUUCCUGAGCAGUUUUAUGACCUUUUUUUGUUGAGGUUGUUAAGUGAAUGGAGCGGUUGUUAAGCAAAUCCAUUGUCUGUAGGUAAACACAGGUUUCUGCCAAAUACGCCAUACAUCAUAGGCUGGUUGCCAAGCUCCCAAACUAUGAUCACAUGACCACAUGUGGGUGUGGCUGUCGGAACAGUAUUGUAAAUAACACUGGGUGGUCCAUCAUAGCUUCUAAAAGUCGCUAAGGAACCAGUCAUAAGUCAAGGUCUACCUGUACCAUUAGAUGGCAGUAAAGAUAUAGCAAAAGACUUUUGCUUCCAUCUAGUGAUCGGUUAAUUUUUUUUCCAAAUGAAUUUUUAGGCUUCCAGAAUAGUUCUUUUAAGACUAUCAACAACCCUUGUGGGUAAGGCAUAAUCUAAAGGUAAUUUAUCUGGAGUUUUAAAAGGCUUUCCAGAAAUGUCCCUCAGUUGGCCAAUUUUGGGAUGAUUUGCGUCUGUUUACAUCUGUAACUCUCCCCAAAAUAUCAAAAUAUUUUUUGUACACAACCUUAAUGUGCAUGGUUUGUAAUGGAAUUUCCCAGAGAAACACUUUGUUAACACAAAUGUUCCUGAUGUCAUAUUUGUAAACUUUCCCCAAUACAAGCUUUUAAAACAUAAA